UCGGUUUCUGGUUCCUUCCUUCCUUCCGUGGCUCGCCCUCGCCGCCGAAACCAGACUCGGCCGCCGGCUACUUCCACUCCACAUGAUUCCCUUCCGGUUGCUCUUUCUCGCCGCCUCAUUUUCCGACGAAAAUCACACGUCCUGAUUUUCAAUCGAUUGUUUAUUUUUCCUGCACGAUCACCGCAGUUUAAUGUUUGGGCCCAGUUUUGGAGCGAAUGUCCGGAGACUUUUCUCGCGGACGCUCCCGAGGACGGCGAAGAGAAUGGAAAUGAUGGAAUGUCGUACAAGUAUUUGUUGUUUAUUGUAUUGUUUGGGUUGCGUGUUUCUGUGAAGAGAAAUCCUGGUGGUCCAUUCGUCGUUUACAGGGAAUUUCACGAAACGGGAGCAGCAGCGUCAAUGUCCAUGGAUUUCUUCUGAUUUUGUCGCGUUUAACGUUCAUACUAAGGCGCUGAUCAUAUCGAGAAAGAGAUGGAGACGGAUGGAGAAAUGGAUGAGGUUGCCGAGCCAUUUUUUGGCGGCGAAAUUGAUUUCGAUUACGAGUUUGAUGCCGCCAUGUAUUACGAUUUCACUCGACCCGAGACAAAGCAGGAGACCAGGGAGGCCGAGGAUUGGUUCAAAUUUGCUGGAAGCUAUCCACCUUCUCCAUUCGUCGUGAAAUUGAAUCGGGAAGAAGAGUUCCAAGCAGAGCUCACCUCUAUAAAACUAAAAGAUAUUCAGGAAAUCCAGGAAGACUCUGAAACUUCUGAGAUAAAUGAGAAUAACUCAGGAGUUAAUAUGAAGUUCAGUGUGAAGGCCGAUCUACGACGGAGUUCAACUUUAAUGAAACCAACUGCAAGUUAUUUGGCCAAGCAAAACCAACCUCGAGGGAUACACUCCGUUCCGCCUCUGCGAAGAUUUCAGUUCAGCUUGGGUGAUAGUAUGGAGAUCAGUUCUACGCGUUCUUCAUUGAAUGUUAGUCAUGCUACCAAAAGGCAAAAGUUGGAGGAUGGUUAUUUUUGCAAUGUCCCACAUUUGAGGCGGCAGACAAGUUUGCUACACAAGGUACCUAAAAAGGUUGUACAUUCAGAAGUUAAUCCUGCUGUUACCAGAAUUAAAUCUACCAUACCUAAAGAGCCCAACCUUGAGACAGCGAAUAGAGCACAAAGAUACAGGUCUAAAAUCAACACAGUAGCAAGUGAACAUAACCAAUCAAAUGUCUCUAACUUUAAAGCACGCCCGCUGAACCGAAAAAUCCUCGAGGCUCCUACUUUGCUCCCACCAAAGAAGAGCAUACCACAAAUGCCCGAAUUUCAAGUGUUUCACCUGAAGACAUCAGAGAGGGCCCUACAGCAAACAUAUAAUGUUGUAAAUAAUCCUUAUGUAUCUACUUCACGAAAUGAAAACAAGUGCACAAGAAGACCAAAUUCUCUCCACAACACGAAACAAGAAAAAUGUAUAAAAGCUGAAACAUGUAAAAAUCGGCCACUCGAUAAGAUACUCUCACAUAAUGAAGAAUGUGAUGUCUUUGUGAAUUGGAAAGAUGGAACAACUGUCUCGAAGGAAUUUAGUUGUUGUCCAGAUCAAAAGAGAUCUUCAGACGAGCUACCAACUGAAUUACUUAACCAGCUCUCCCUUUCAUCGGAUUGUCAUUGGCGUAACGCAAAAUCUCACUGCAAAGUGCAUUUGCCGAACAAUUGCUCGAAAGAGAAUGUCCCAGGCUUCCUUGAUCAAGAGCAUGAGGUCACUAAUAUGCUUUUGGCAUAAUUUGCGGUGUCUUUUCGCCAAGUGAAGACCAAACGAUGAGCCCGAGAUGAGCGACUUUACUCUACAGUUUCUUCAUUCUUCAUUAGCUCACAGAUGGCUACUUCUGGCGACACAUGACAUGAGGGUUAGCCUUUUUUUUGUUGAGGUAUUUUAUGUAUCGAGUUUUCUAAAUUUAUCAAAAGAAAAUUAAAAUACAUAAC